AUGCUCCGCGACGAGCUUCUCCGGUCUAAGAACGAUGAGAUCGCAAACUGUUUGUUGUCGCGCAAGCGAAAACUGACCGAGUUGUAUUAUGCGACCGUGGGUUUCGAGGGCGCGACCGGCGACACUCUUUAUCAGCAAAAAGAACGGGCGUUUCUCGACGCCAACGACCUCUCGAAAGGUCGUUACUUCGACGAAACCACCCUACCGUCCCCUACCCAUACUCGUGCGCGUUCUCCAGGAAGAAAAGCUGUCGCGUCUACUGCAGUCAGCGACACAAAUACACAACAAGCCACUGGAAUCACACCGCCGCCGACAGCCGAUGGCCACGUCCUUCCGAUCCCGACCCAAUCCAGCCCAAAGGGAGUCGCAGUCGUGACUCGGCCAGAGGCCACAACUACAGGCGUUGUAUCGACCGUGAAGAGCGUCGCGGACGUCACGGAAUCUUCUACAUCAGCAACCACUUCGCAGGCGCCACGGGAGGCCAACUCCUUGACAGAGAGCGUGUCGUCUCGACCAUCAGUUGUUAACUCGAAGGUGGGCGCAUCUGCGCUGGAGACCCCUCUCAGCUCCCAGGAUCACGAUGGAGCAGAGAUUACGGCCUCUUCCGGUGCAGCGAAACUUGCAGCGACAAGCGCGACUCCUUCCCUCGAAAUUCCUCACAACACCCAUGCGCGCAAGAAGCCCGAUUCACGACCUUCUCUUACUCUAGGACCAUCUCAUUCCGACCAACCUCUUUCUCCCGUCUCCUCUGUCGACCCCUACUCGAAUAACACCCCCGUCCCAGUCGCCGCCUCGCCGGAUACUAGUCCUGGAGAAGAGGUGCCUGAUGCUGGAAAGAUUGGCCGUCCGAGCCCCAAGCAUAACCGUACCAUGUCUCGCGCAGGCCUGGUCCCGUCGACACCAGAUGAACAGCUACGACUGGAGGAAGCUCAGUCGUUGCAGCAGAAUACCGAAUAUAGUGUCAAUGGCGCCGGUGGCCCUCUCACAAAGGAGGUGAUUGAAGAACGCGUUGGCCCCGUGGCAGAUAAGGACCAAAUGGAAGUCGAUCAGGAUGCGACCUCCGAAUCACGGCAGAACGCUUCCUAUGGAGAUGGAACAGCUUCCGCUGGUAGAGGACAAUUGUCACCAACUGAGCGCCUACAGCAAGCAGCUCAGACCCUCGGCGAUACUGCCGCCGAGGUAUCAUCCACCAAGAAGCCAGUCUCGAUUCCGCCUACGCAGCCAUCCCAUUCCCAGCCAGAGCGCAUGACAACACGCGUGUCCUCGGGGGCCAUUCGCCACAAGUCUGUAUCUGAGAUUCUUGGAGAGGCUUCAAGAACCUUUGCGCACGACAAGCCCCAUUCUACUGGUGAACAUCAAUCGCCCGAUAGCGUUGCGCGGAUGCGAUUCAAAGACCGGAAAGAUCGAGAAAAAGAGAGAACACGUGUUUCCACGGUGGUUUUCCCUAAACAGACUCCAUCUCAGCAAGACAAGUCGGAAUUGAUGGAUCUCAUUCAUUCGGAGUCUGGGGAUGCGGUUGCCAAACUCAACGAGGAGAAGGACUAUCUUUUCACUCUGUUCUUGAAUCGAGCCUACGCCCCGCCGCGCGGCGCUCACUUGAAUACCCUCCUUGCAUCCGCUCACAAAACGUUGAGCACGUCAAACCAUCUUCUUGAAUAUCAAGAACAAAUGGAUUGUCGAUCUCUCCGUCGUAUCUAUGGCCUUCAGAAUGCCAACCGAUGGCCUUUGCGGCAGAUGAAACGAUCAAUGGAACCCCCUCGACCAGGCACACAUCUGGACGUCCUUCUGGAUCACAUGAAGUGGAUGCGUACCGACUUCCGUGAGGAGCGCAAAUGGAAGCUUGCAGCAGCCAAGAGCUGUGCGGAUUGGUGCGCGGAGUAUGUCAACAGUGAUGAUGAGCACCGAACUCGCUUACGCGUGAAUGCGAAGAUACCUACGCCCACAUCAGCACCACAGGGUGCGUCCUCGAAAAUGGGCGUGGCGUCUCCCUCGGAAGAUACUGGGGAUGAAAUUUUGACCGUAUCUCACGCAACCCCAGACCUGGUUCCGUCGGCCGAGGAGGAUUCGGUUAGUGAUGGGUUCAAUGAUGAGCCAAGGCACGACAUUCGUGAUACUGUCGCUCCCGCGGCCAUAUUUUCGUUGGGUUCCGACGAGUUCAAUUUUUCACUUGAAAUGAACCCAAUUGCCGAGAAGCUAUUAGAUGAACUUCCACUCUACGAACCUCUCCGAAUCUCUCCACAGACUCAACUGCCAGAUUUCAAGCGACCACCGGACUCGGUUUGGAAAACAGACAUCCUCCCUGUAUCCAAGUUUGCUACGACAAAAAUUACCUUCCACGACAAUGAACAUCCUCGCAAGCGGAGCCGAUACGACUAUUCCCAAUAUCGCUCCGACCCUGAGGUACGUCUCAUGGACUUGCCACCGGAACAGGACAACGUUGCGCUCUUCCGGCCAGAAAACAAGCACAUUCGUGAUCGAAUCCAUCCUGGCCACUCUUUCCGACCGCCCACCGAACAUCCCAUGCCAUCGGUUGGGUUCUUCGAGUCGCGGCAAUCAUCUCAAUGGACAAUGGCUGAGGAUGACGAACUUCGCCGUCUAGUCAAGGAGUAUUCCUACAACUGGUCCCUCAUCUCGAAAUGCUUGUCCUCCCCAUCUCUCUUCACAUCUGGGGCUGAAAGGCGGACUCCCUGGGAGUGCUUCGAACGCUGGGUUGGAUUGGAAGGUCUUCCGGCGGAUAUGUCCAAGACCCAAUAUUUCCGAGCCUAUCACCAGAGACUUGAAACGGCUCAGCGAACGGUUCUGGCUCAACAGCAGGCUGCUCAGCAACAGCAACAGCAGCAAGCCAAUAAUGGCCAAGCGCAACAGCCUAUUCGCCGCCGGACAACCCAGCCUCUGCGCGUGGAUCGGAGGCGGUCUUCCCGACAUCUCGCACUGCUUGACGGUAUGCGAAAGUUGGCCAAGAAGCGGGAAACAAUGCUCCAAAAGCAGCAACACGCUUCCCAUCUUGCUUCGCUAAGGAAGGCAAACGAGGCCAACCAGCCUAAGCCCCCUAUCUCGUCUCCGGCAGAAUUCAGCCGCCUGAAAUACGACAGGGAGAUGAAGAUGCAAGAACGGCAAGAGCAAUACAGGCAGCAGAUGAUCGCUCAACAAAGAGCAAGUCUCGCUGCUCAGCGUGCGGGUCAACUUCCCAAUCAGCAGCAGUCGUCACAACAGGCACAGAUGAUGAACAAUCAAGGCCGAGCUCCUAAUAAUAUGCCACCCAACCCCGGAAAUUCUGGCAUCUCGAAUGGCACGCCGAACGGCGUUUCCAAUGGCAUGGCACCGGGUGUUGGCGUUAACCAAGGCCGUGCGCAGCCUAUGCAGGGUAUGCCAAAUGGGGGGACACCAGUCAAUAAUCAAAUGCCGGCAAAUGCUAUGGCUAUGAAGAUGAUGCCUCAGAAUCAGAUGCAACAGCCUGUUGGUGCGCGACCCGGAAUGCCAAUGCAGGCAUCUCCAGAUAAUGCCCGGGUGAUUCGAGAGGCGAAUCGACUCCAAGAGCAACAGCGCCUUUUGCAGUCACGCCAACAGCAACAAGUUCCCCACCAGGCGGGCCAGAGUCAACAAGCGCAGCAGCAGUUCCACAACCAGCAAUUUGGGCCGCAGGGGUCUCAUUCUCCAAACCUGAAUAUGCCGAAUGUGAAUGGAACUCCGAACAAUCCUGCGAUGAUGGCUGCCUUGCAAGCUCAAGGGGGAAUGCAAAGCCCUUCGUUCCAUGGAGGUACUCCGCAGGGAGUUUCGACUCCCUCGCCUCGGAUGGGCCAGCCAAAUCCUCUCUCAAGUGGCGUUGUUCCAACUAUCAGCACCUUCCAAAGCCAAAUUCAGCGCGCCAAUCCGCAUAUGCCCGCUGAGCAGGUGAAUAAACUGGCCACGGACAGACUCAACCAAUACCAACAGCAACGCAUGUCGCAACAAGCAGCCAUGAAUGCCGCUGCGGGUGGUAUGAAUAAUGUUCAAAACAACUAUCAGGUUCCCCACGAUGGCAAUUUCCAAACACCUCAGCAGCCCGGCGUGCCCAACAACAACUCUGCUAUGCAAGUUCCUCAGAACCAGGGGUUCUCACCGAUGAUGCGAGUUCCCCAGGCCAACCAACAAAACCGUGUCAACGUCACGAGCUCCCCGGCGAUGAACGGUGCUGUUCCCCAGACUAGUCGCAGUGCAACACCUCAAACUCAGCGCAGCGGCAGCGCCCAGGCCGGAGCGGUGCAGGGUUCUAGCAAGAGUCCUCACCCUCCAGCCGCUCAACCUACGAGCAGCUAA